UAUAAAAUGCGCACGCGCAGCGGUCUCCGGCAGAAAACUGGCGAGCCUGGGCCGGCGCGGGGCCUUGUGGGAGGGCUUAAGGAAGUAAAAUGGCGGACCUGGCGAACGAAGAAAAGCCUGCCAUUGCUCCGCCCGUCUUUGUGUUUCAGAAGGAUAAAGGACAAAAGUCCUCUGCAGAGCAAAAAGACUUGUCGGAUUCGGGAGAGGAGCCUCAGGGGGAGGCUGAGGCCCCCCACCAUGGCACGGGUCACCCCGAGUCAGCUGGUGAGCAUGCCCUAGAACCUCCUGCCCCUGCUAGCACUUCAGCCAGCACUCCUCCGCUUCCCGCUCCUGAAGCCCAGCUUCCUUUUCCACGAGAACUGGCAGGGAGGUCAGCUGGAGGCUCCAGUCCUGAAGCAGGAGAAGAUUCUGACCGAGAAGAUGGAAACUACUGCCCUCCUGUCAAGCGAGAAAGAACGUCCUCUUUAACCCAGUUCCCACCUUCACAGUCAGUGUCAAAACACAAUGUUUUUAUGCCAUCAACCUUCUGCGAGUCCUCUGCAGGCAAUUCUGACUCAGACCCAGAGGAAAAGAGCAGCGGGUUCCGGCUGAAGCCACCGACACUGAUCCAUGGCCAGGCGCCCAGUGCAGGUUUGCCAAGCCAGAAGCCCAAGGAACAGCAGCGCAGCGUUCUCCGCCCAGCCGUACUGCAAGCCCCACAGCCAAAAGCACUGUCGCAAUCCAUCCCUAGCAGUGGCACCAAUGGAGUCAGCAUCCCAGCAGACUGCAUGGGGGCAGCGACAUCAUUAUCACCAGAAAACCCUGCACGGAGAAGUCCCUCUGAAUCUGCUGACGAGGCACAUGCACUUGAGGAGAAAGAGCCCCAGAAAAAUGAGUCUAGCAAUACUUCUGAGGAGGAAAACUGUGAGAAGAAAGAUCAAGUUGCACAGCAAGCCUUUGUAUUUGGGCAGAACUUGAGGGACAGAGUUAAGCUGGUGAAUGAGAAUACCGACAUAGCUGGCUUGGAGAGUGCCGGACAGCCCAGCUCAGACACACCAGCUGCCACCAACUACUUUCUCCAGUAUAUCAGUUCCAGUUUAGAGAACACAGCCAACAGUGCCGACGCUUCCAGCAACAAGUUCGUCUUUGGCCAGAACAUGAGCGAGCGUGUUUUGAGUUUCCCCAAGUUAAAUGAGGUCAGCUCAGAUGCCAGCAGGGAAAACGCAGCUGCCGAGUCUGGAUCUGAGUCGUCUUCCCAGGAGGCCACCCCUGAGAAAGCUAAUAACAUUGCAGAGUCCCUGGUCGAGUCAGCAGCUGCCUACACCAAGGCCACAGCGCGGAAGUGUUUGUUGGAGAAAGUGGAAGUGAUCACUGGGGAGGAGGCAGAAAGCAACGUGCUACAGACCCAGUGCAAGCUGUUUGUCUUUGACAAGACCUCACAGUCCUGGGUGGAGCGAGGCCGGGGGCUGCUCAGGCUCAACGACAUGGCAUCGACCGACGAUGGGACACUGCAGUCCCGACUUGUGAUGCGGACCCAGGGCAGCCUGCGGCUGAUCCUCAACACCAAGCUGUGGGCCCAGAUGCAGAUGGACAAGGCCAGUGAGAAGAGCAUCCGCAUCACCGCCAUGGAUACUGAGGACCAGGGUGUGAAGGUCUUCCUGAUCUCGGCCAGCUCCAAGGACACAGGCCAGCUGUACGCUGCCCUACACCACCGCAUCCUGGCCCUUCGCAGCCGUGUGGAGCAGGAACAAGAGGCCAAGAUGCCUGCCCCUGAGCCUGGGGCCGCCCCAUCCCACGAGGAGGAUGACAGCGAUGAUGAUGUGCUGGCUCCCUCGGGGGCUGCCGGGGCCGGCGCAGGUGAGGAAGGUGACGGGCAGACGCCUGGGAGCACAUAGCAGCCGGCGCACAGGAGGCUGCUGCUUGGUCGUCUGUCUGCCGCCCGCCCCCUCCCCGCAGGCAGCGGCACCAUGGGCGGAGCCACACCCACUGGGUUGACCACAGUCUGGAUCUGCGUCCGUUGGAAAGCAGACUCACUCGGGAGCUGCCUGGAUGUGGUUUGGGACAUGAGACCUCAUCAUAUUGAUGAGCAAAAAAAAAAGAACGUUCCUCCCUGCCCCUCCUCUGAAAUGGCACAUUAAGACUUGUCACAGCUUCUCACUGGGACUGGGAGACCUGGUUUCUUCACCCUGCGUGUCGCAGCCUCUGGGUGCAGCAAGGGCCUCUGGCCCCCCUGCCACCGCACCCUCCCUCCUGCAUGGGUGGCACCUGCCUGGGAGCAGUGGCCAAGCCUGGGCUCUGCUCCAGGAGCCAGCACUGGGCCUGGGUGCUCCGUGUGGCUCUUUGUCUGCCAUAUUCUGAUUUGAUGGGUUUAUAUUUUACAAUUUUUUUUUUUUUUUUUUUUUUUUUUUAAUUUCCAAAGGCUUUGUUUUCAGUUCUGGGAUUGAGUUGCUCUCUUGCGCUGAGCAGGCACAGCUCCUUGAGGGCUUGUUCUUGUGGUCCUGGCCUCUGAGCCAGGGUCAGUAGGCCCCCACUCUGCCCACCUGGGUUCCUAUAAGCUGAGUCACGGGAUGGUGGGGUGUCCGCUUCCAUCUGGCCUAGGUGUGGAGAUGCCUAUCUAAAAAAAGGCCACGGAGCCUGGGAGGGGCCCCAGGGACCCCUAGUAGCCUCUUCCCCGUCCACAUCAUGUGAUCCAUCUGUCCGCGGGCACCUGGCGCCAGCCUGCUUCCUGCUGUGGGCCACUCCUUGCACAGCCCUGGACAUCAUACCCUCACAACGGGCUGGGACCUCUGGGAGAGGCAGCAGGGCCCUAGCUAGCCAUGGGGACCAGGUCCCAGACAGUACGCUGUCCCCAUGCACGCAGUAUACAGGAGUGGGUGCCUGGGUACCACCCCGUAGGGCAACCCAUAGAGGAGGUGGACCUUGUGCACAAGGCUCCUCAGGACUUUAGAGGAAAUCCCCCAGCCCUGCCCCCCCCCCCGGGGUGAAGAGGAGGCCCCGAUUUGCAGCUGUGCCACCCACACCUCCAGGGGCAGCCAGAAGCCCCAGGGCCAGGGUGGCUCCGUGGGUCUGCACUGCCCAGCCCCCUGCAAGCCUGAGCCAGGGGAGACACCAGAGGCCUGCCCAGGAGAUCCGGUCACACUUCUCUGCUUUACGCCUUAGCCAACUAGUGACAAGGAAAACCAGACAAUGCCCAUGUGUUUUGGAACAUUUAUGUAAGAUUGUCAUAUGAAAUGUAUUUGGGAACUACAUUAAAACUUUUAACUAAAA